CUGCCCGAAAUAUUUUAAUUGAUGUUAUACUCAUGAAAGUUUCUGCUUCCUCAGCCUUGGAUUAGUACAGCGGGUAAACAGUUCACACGAUUGACAUGUCUAUUUCAAAAUAAGUAAUCCUAAACAAAUCCUCUCUGAUUUUCAGGUACGAAACAGAUCAAUUAUAAUGGACUCCUCGUUAGAAAUCUCAAAACUCAAAGAAAAGCUACUGCGGACAAUGUACAACCUACAGGUUAAGUCGGGGGACACUCUGCAAAAGACAAGUCCAUUAUUAAACUGUCACAGAGGACUAGGUAUGGUCACCGCUCAGCAACUGAAUCAGCUGUCGCAUGAAGCAACACAGAUCUGUCAAGAUCUUGAGAAUAUUGGAAAUCUUGUUCGUUUUCGUCAAAAUGAGCUCCUGUUUAAGAUCGCAAACCCCUAUGGUGAUAAUUCUAAUGGGCCGAGUGGUAUCCACUGUAGCCCGGAUGGCACCAUUUACAUUGUCAGUGACAGCUGGCCAAGGGUCCAUGUGUUAAAGCAGUCCGGUCAAGUAUUCAAAUCCGUGCACUGCGUUCAGAACCAGGGAGGAAUUAAAGAGCCUUUUCUACCAGAAGACAUAACCCUUACCAGGAGUGGAAUGGUGGCUGUUACUGACAUGGUGGGUGGAGCCAUUCGGAUCUUCAAUCCCCAUUCAAACUUCUCCGGUGAAUGGAUAAGUAUUGGGAAAAUCGAUUGUCCCAAAGGAAUUGGUGUGGACCCGUCCGGAAAACUCUUGGUGGCCGACUACACAGCAGGGGAGGUUCACAUUUUUGCCAUUGAUCAUGCCUUCAGGCUGCUGAGUACGCAGACCAUCACAGGUCUAAGGGGGCCCAGAUACGUAUGUUCAACAUGUGAUGAGAAGAUAGUGGUGAGUGAAGAAUGUGGUGAUGUGAAGGUGUAUGGGAGGAACCUACAACUCAUGUAUUCGCUCAGCGUGAAACACUGUCGCCCGUUUGGCAAUCCCGCUGGGAUAUGUGUCGACAAUGAAGGGAACAUCAUGGUAGUGGAUGAGCAGAAACGUAACGUCAUGCUUUAUCCAAAGAUUGGAUACCCCAUCUGCAUUGUGUCCGAAGGCCUCAAGAAGCCCACGACCUUGGCUUGCUUGACCAAUGGUCAAGUGUUUGUUGUGGAUACUGGAGACAACUGUAUCAAAGUUUUCAAGUACAGAGUUAAUCCAUACUACGGUUCAGCAAAAAAUUAGAUCAUUUAGCUAUUCUCAUAAAAAACAGCAAGCGAAAAGGAUGGAUAGACAAUAACCUGCUUUGGUAAUUUGUAGAAACAUAUGUAUGAACAUUUAUUCAAAUCCCUUUUCAAAACGUGAUUAAAAACCAAUUGAGAUUAAAAUAUAUAUAUGUAUAUA